AUGCAAGAACGAUAUAAAGAGGCCUUGCUCUCGCCUUAAUUUAAAGAUUAAGAUUAUGAUCUCUCCACUUAAGAAUGCCGAAAAUUCUCAAGCAUAUGGGCUGCUGAAUUCAACACUCCCGAAACAAAAUACAGAUCUACAAUAGGAGCCAAUAGAAUUGAUAUAUCCAAGGAUGCAAAUUUGUUGCAUUUUAGGAAUAGAACAGCAAAAUUUGAGGACGAAUAAAAUCAAUUAUAUAUAGAAAUACAGAAUUUAUAUGAUAAGAGAUAGUUUGACAUCCCAAAUCUUGUGGAAACAAAAAUCUUAUAUAAGACAGAAACUGUUCCAAACAGAUUUAUCAUCAAGAGAAAAUAAAAUGAACCUAAAUAAAAAUCGCAAUUUAAUGAUUAAGUUUUGAUAGAAAAAAUGCACUAAGCUAAUAAAUAAAGUCUAAAGAAUUUAUUUUCUCAUAAAUUUUGA